AUGUUAGAUGCUGAGAAACCUCACCCGUUGGAAUACGGUUUUCGAAUGGAUAAUGUAACCGGCGUACAGAAUCUCACACAGCACGGUUUCAAUUCAUUCCUACUCUAUCCAAAUCCGAUUUACGAUGUCUUCGACGAGGAGGUGAAGUAUUACAAGAGUGAUUAUCUAACGAUCAACGGUCAACAUCUGGAUCGAGCUUGUCAAGAGUCUGACGUGGUCGUACAAAUUGGUAAUUCCUUCUGCAACGUAACAUCCUUGUCAAGGCAACAAUUAACCUGUCGACCACCAUUGACCCAACCACCGGCAUUAGACUCUGAAGGACUUCCUAACAAGCAAGAAUUGCCAGAGGUGAUAGUGAUCGUAGGCGGUACACUUCGUUAUACAAUUGGAAAGCUCAGUUAUGCUUUGCCAACUGGCUUGAAUGGUCCAUUAUCAAAGCCAGCGCUUAUCGGUGUAAUAGCGGCUAUUGUUAUAUUAGUAUUCGUCUUCAUCGCAUUCCUAAUAGCUUAUAGGAGAAAAUCAACGGAAAGUAACAGAGUAUUGAAGAAUAUGCAAGAACAAAUGGACAUAUUAGAGUUACGUGUAGCUGCUGAAUGUAAAGAAGCUUUCGCCGAAUUACAAACGGAGAUGACCGAUCUUACUGGUGAUUUAACAAGCGGCGGUAUACCGUUCCUCGAUUAUCGCACAUAUGCGAUGAUGAUACUCUUCCCAAGUGAUGACAAUAGUCCGGUACUUCAAUGGGACAGACCAGAAUUGACACGUAAAGAGAAAGGUUUACGUUUGUUCGGUCAAUUGAUAAUGAACAAAACCUUUCUCUUACUUUUCGUUAGAACAUUAGAAAGUAAUCGUUAUUUCUCGAUGAGGGACAGAGUAAAUGUAGCAAGUCUCAUAAUGGUUACCCUUCAAAGUAAGAUGGAAUAUUGUACGGAUAUUCUAAAAACACUUUUAGCGGAUCUAAUUGAAAAGUGUACGGAAGGAAAGAGCCAUCCUAAAUUGUUUUUGAGAAGAACGGAAAGCGUCGCGGAGAAAAUGUUGUCAGCAUGGUUCACCUUCCUACUGUACAAAUUUAUGCGUGAAUGCGCUGGCGAGCCAUUGUACGUACUCUUCAGAGCAGUAAAACAGCAGGUCGACAAAGGUCCGGUCGAUGCAAUCACGUCCGAAGCACGUUACUCCUUGUCCGAAGAGAAAUUGAUCAGACAGUCUAUUGACUUUAAACCAAUGACCGUUUACGUCUCCAUAUCGCAACAAACUGCUUACGUCGGUGGAAUCGAUCCAAAUACGGAGAACGUACCUGUUAAGGUUCUCGACUGCGACACGAUAUCUCAAGUUAAGGAAAAGGCAUUGGAUACCAUUUACAGAGCUACGCCUUACAGCCAAAGACCCAGGAAGGAUGAUUUAGAUCUUGAAUGGCGAACCGGAGCAUCUGGUAGAUUGAUCCUAUACGACGAGGAUACAACAACAAAGACGGAAGGAGAAUGGAAAAAGAGAAAUACUUUGAAUCAUUACAGGGUACCAGAUUCGGCAUCCUUAAAUUUAGUAUCUAAACAAUCCUCGAUUUAUAAUCUAUCAAUCCUUUCGGAAAAAACUGACAAAUCACACAAAUACGAGACAUUGAAUCUGAGUAAAUUCAGUUCGGCCAGUCCGCCAUUAUCACGUGCCACAUCACCAUUAAAUCAAAAUCACGACGGUGGUAUGAAAUGUUGGCAUCUUGUUAAACAUCAUGAUACGGAUGCAAGGAAGGAGGGCGAUCGUGGUAAUAAAAUGGUCUCAGAAAUCUAUCUAACGAGGUUAUUAGCCACCAAGGGUACAUUACAAAAAUUCGUCGAUGAUCUAUUCGAGACAAUAUUUAGCACUGCCCAUCGAGGUUCGGCGCUUCCUCUUGCUAUUAAAUAUAUGUUCGAUUUUAUGGACGAUCAAGCGCUACAACAUGGCAUAUCUGACCCCGAAGUGGUCCAUACAUGGAAAAGUAAUUCUUUGCCCUUAAGGUUUUGGGUUAAUCUUAUUAAAAAUCCAAAUUUCAUCUUCGACAUUCACAAGUCAAAUAUCGUCGACUCGUGUCUAUCCGUCGUGGCGCAGACGUUCAUGGAUAGUUGUUCCACGUCGGAUCAUAGAUUAGGUAAGGACUCACCGAGUUCGAAGUUGCUUUAUGCGAAAGACAUUCCAGUGUACAAAGAAUGGGUAGAACGUUACUACUCGGAUAUCAAAGUCAUGCCAGCCAUAUCCGAUCAAGACAUGAACGCUAUGCUUGCCGAAGAAUCGAGGUUACAUACAACGGAAUUCAACACGAAUUGUGCCCUAUACGAACUUUACACAUACGCGGGUAAAUACAACGAACAACUGAUAGUUACUUUGGAGGAGGACGAAUUCUCACAGAAGCAAAGAUUAGCGUACAAGCUUGAACAAGUCCAUAAUAUAAUGGCGGCGGACAACCCCUGAUGUACCAUGAACUCGAUGAAGCAUACGUCGAAGCCCGCACGUCAGGAGUUACCUUGCUGAACGCGUACGAAAUUUAGCUGCUGAGCGUUUCUCCUAACUAAGAGAGAAUACAAGAAGGAAAGAAAUAAAUGAAGAAAAGGAAGAAUGGAAGAAAGGAAGAAGAAACGGAAAAGAAAAUGCGAAAAAGUGAUGGAGGGGUGUUGUAGUGGUAAUGGUGGUGAUGGUGGUGGGAGGAGAGGGAGGGGAAGGGGGUUUGGGAAUAAAGAAAAGCAGAACAAAACAGAAUAAAAAAAAUGGAUAUAGAAUUUAUCGAUAAGGAUGAAAGGAAGAACUCUCUGGCCUAUACAGUGACGCGAGAUCGAUCGAUCGAUCGAUCGUCCCUCGGAUUUUCUUCGUGCGAACGGCCAUUACUAAGCUAUUGCGGAAGAAAACAAUACGGGUUUUUUACGAUCGACAUGAAGAACCAUACGAACGCUUAAAAGUUCAAGGAACUUUAAAAUUUAACUGCCACGGCAACAACAACAACAACAACAACAACAACAACAACAACAACAAAAUAAUAAUAAUAAUAAUAUUAAUAAUAAUAUUAAUAAUAAUAAUAAUAAUAAUAAUAAUAAUAAUAAUAAUAAUAA